AUGGCGGCUUCUGGCUUCACACCCGCCGCCGCCGCCGCUCUGAGAAGCCCAAAUGGCGGCGCCGCCUUCCUCGACGCUGCCGCCGUUCGCUCCCUCCUUCCCUUCCCCACCCUCCUCAGCCACCUGGAGGCGGCGCUUCCACCGGCGGCGAUCGCCGUCACCGCCCCCCACCGCCAGAGCUUCCCCGUGGACCCCUCCUCCUCCGCCUCCCUCCUCCUCAUGCCCGCCUGGUCAACCAGCGGCGGUGCCGCCUCCUCCGGUGGCCCCCCCUACAUCGGAGUCAAGCUCGUCACCUCCUUCCCCGACAACUCCGCCCGCGGCCUCCCCGGAGUCCACGCCGCAUACGUUCUCUUCGACUCCGCCACUGGCGCCAUCCUCGCCGCAAUUGACGGCACCCAGCUCACCGUCCUCCGCACCGCCGCCAUCUCCGCCCUCGCCGCCAAGUUCCUGGCCAGAGAGAACUCUCAAGUUCUCCUCAUGGUGGGCUCCGGCGGGCUUGCCCCCUACCUGGUCCGAGCCCACCUCCUGGUUCGCCCUCGGAUUCGCCGCUGCGUCGUCUGGAACAGGAGGGCGGAGAGAUCCCGCCGCCUGGUGGAGGCUCUCAGAGGAGAAGCUGCCCUCCGUGGAGUGGAGUUUACUGUGGCGGAGGAGCUGAACCAGGAGGUGUUGGGGGUCGCCGACGUGGUCAGCUGUGCGACGAGCUCACCGGAGCCGCUGGUGAUGGGGAGAUUCCUGAGGAAGGGAGCGCAUCUGGAUCUGGUGGGCUCCUUCUCCCCUUCCAUGAGGGAAUGCGACGAUGAGGCGUUGACCAGGGGGAGGGUGUUUGUGGACAGUGUGGCUGCGCUGGAGGAGGCCGGGGAGCUGGUGGGAGCUUUCAAGAGAGGGGUCAUGGCGGCGGGGGACGUAGCGGGGACCUUGACGGAACUGGUCAGCGGCGGAGUGGAAGGGAGGAGGAGUGAGGAGGAGCUGACAGUGUUCAAGUCGGUGGGCUCGGCGGUGGUGGACCUCCUGGCGGCUCAGCUAGCCUAUGAGACCUACUUAGGGGGCGGCGCCCGUUGA